AUUUCCUACAGCUACCGGCAAUAUAUUUUUGGAUACAGCCUGAAUGACAGAGUCUACAAAUCCAUCAGUCCUCCCUCGAGAGGAUCUUACAAAGACAUGGGGCCUACUCCAUCUCCCAGAACCCUCUUCUUCUUCAUCCUCUUGCAUAGGGGAGUUGAGUCCCAGCAGAAUGCUCAGCCUCACUCUAUUAAGAUAGAUGGGGACAUCACUUUGGGAGGCCUGUUCCCAGUUCAUGCCAAGGGCCCAGCUGGUGUUCCAUGUGGAGAAGUGAAAAAAGAAGCAGGGGUACAUCGAAUGGAGGCUAUGCUGUAUGCCCUGGACCAAAUUAAUGGGGAUCCCGAGCUUCUUCCUAACCUAACGCUUGGUGCUCGUAUUUUAGACACCUGCUCUCGUGAUACCUAUGCUCUGGAACAGUCCCUUACCUUUGUUCAAGCACUGAUUCAGAAGGACACCUCAGAUAUUCGCUGUUCCAAUGGAGAGCUGGCCAUCUUCAGCCGCCCGGAGAGGGUUGUAGGAGUGAUUGGCGCCUCAGCAAGCUCAGUCUCCAUCAUGGUGGCCAACGUGUUGAGACUCUUUGCUAUUCCUCAGAUAAGUUAUGCCUCAACAGCCCCGGAACUCAGUGACAACAACCGGUAUGACUACUUCUCCCGUGUGGUGCCGCCAGAUUCGUACCAGGCGCAGGCAAUGGUGGAUAUUGUCAAAGCUCUUGGUUGGAAUUACGUGUCAACACUAGCAUCUGAGGGCAACUAUGGAGAGAGUGGAGUUGAAGCUUUUGUGCAGAUUUCUCGGGAAGCUGGAGGAGUGUGCAUUGCCCAGUCUAUUAAGAUUCCUCGAGAGCCACGUCCUGGAGAGUUCGAUAAGGUGAUAAGAAGGCUGCUAGAGACUCCCAAUGCUCGUGGCAUCAUUAUCUUUGCCAAUGAGGAUGACAUCAAGCGUGUUUUAGAUGCAGCCCACCGAGCCAACCAAACGGGUCACUUUUUAUGGGUAGGGUCUGACAGCUGGGGAUCCAAGACAUCCCCUAUUUUGGGAAUGGAAGAAGUUGCAGAAGGCGCUGUAACUAUCCUGCCAAAAAGAGCUUCAAUCGACGGGUUUGACCAGUAUUUUAUGAGCCGGACACUGGAAAAUAACCGGCGCAAUAUUUGGUUUGCAGAGUUUUGGGAGGAUGAUUUUAAAUGCAAAUUGACCAGAUCUGCAUCCUUACAAGAAGAUUCCAGGCGAAAGUGCACCGGGGAGGAAAGGAUAAGUAGGGACUCAGCUUAUGAACAAGAAGGGAAAGUGCAGUUUGUCAUUGAUGCAGUGUAUGCAAUGGCUCAUGCCUUACACAGCAUGCAUAGUGAUCUCUGCCAAGGAAGCAUUGGAGUCUGUGACAGGAUGGAUCCUGUGGAUGGGCGAACGCUGCUACAGUAUAUACGUAGAGUAAACUUCAAUGGAAGUGCUGGAACUCCUGUGAUGUUCAAUGAAAAUGGAGAUGCCCCAGGACGAUAUGACAUUUUCCAGUAUCAGAUGACCAAUACUACUGCUCCAUCCUACAGGGUGAUUGGACAGUGGACAGAGUACCUAAGACUUAAUAUUGAGGACAUGCAUUGGUAUGGUGGACAGCCUGACAUUCCAUCAUCCGUGUGCAGCCUUCCCUGCCAACCUGGAGAGAGGAAGAAGAUGGUAAAGGGGGUGUCAUGUUGCUGGCACUGUGAACUGUGUGAUGGGUACCAGUUCCAGCUUGAUGACUUUAACUGCCAAGCUUGUCCCUUUGACAUGCGGCCCAACAUCAACCGAACUGCCUGCCGUCCGACACCAAUUGUAAAACUGGAGUGGCAUUCAGCAUGGGCCGUACUGCCACUCUUUUUGUCAAUCCUGGGUAUACUCAGUACCCUCUUUGUGGUCGGCACCCUAAUGCGUUUUAAUGAUACUCCAAUUGUACGAGCCUCUGGUCGUGAACUAAGUUAUGUUUUGCUCACUGGACUCUUUUUAAUGUAUGCCAUUACCUUCCUUAUGAUGGCAGAACCCGGAGUGGCAGUUUGUGCUCUUCGACGGCUUUUCCUUGGUCUUGGCAUGUGUAUUUCCUAUGCCGCCCUCCUGACUAAAACCAACAGGAUCUACCGCAUCUUUGAGCAGGGAAAGCGCUCAGUGACUCCUCCUCGUUUCAUUAGUCCAGCUUCUCAGUUGGUCCUCACCUUCAGCCUAAUUUCUGUACAGCUGCUUGGCACAGCCAUCUGGCUGGCAGUGCUGCCUCCACACAGCGUCAUUGACUAUGAGGAACAGCGAACACCCAACCCCGAGCUAGCUAGAGGGGUGCUGAAAUGUGACCUGUCUGAUUUGUCCUUAGUCAGCUGCUUAAUGUACUCCAUCCUUCUCAUGGUCACCUGCACUGUAUAUGCAGUGAAGGCCCGUGGAGUGCCUGAAAACUUCAAUGAGGCCAAACCAAUCGGUUUCACUAUGUACACAACUUGUAUUGUCUGGCUGGCCUUUGUACCCAUUUUCUUUGGUACUGCACAGUCUGCUGAGAAGAUCUAUAUCCAGACCACCACCUUGACAGUAUCGAUGAGCCUGAGUGCUUCUGUCUCCCUUGGAAUGCUCUACGUGCCCAAGGUUUACAUCAUACUCCUCCACCCUGAGCAAAAUGUGCAGAAGCGCAAGCGAAGCUUCAAAGCUGUAGCGACAGCGGCCACCAUGUCCACCCGUCUAUCCCAGAAAAACAGCGAGCGUCAAAACGGGGAAAGCAAACCGCCUGAGAAGAGCAUGCCGGAGAGCAAGUGAUUAGAUCAAAGGUUUGAUGGGUCAUGCACCUCUGGUUGUUUUGCAAACGAUUUUACACUACAGGAAGUCCCUGGGCUGCACUACAGGAAGAACGUCAGCAUGUUUGUUCUUCACCGAGGCAUAUUGGAAGAGCACAACAGGGGUAUUUGUCAACAUAACACAAUGCACAAUAAACUUAAAAACUCAUCUGAGACUACCUUACCUGGCUGCUUUCUCAAUAGAGUUGUUCAAAGAACAUUGUAACUCUUGACUGACAGAAGUUUCUUGUCAGAAUCCUGCAUGGCAGGUACACUACUUAACCCUGCUCUUGUCAAGAUUUGGCACCCUCAUUUAUUCUGCCACAGUUAAACAUGA